AUGGAUGCUCCUGCCAAGAUCAACUUCUUCCACUUGCCUCGCGAAAUCCGCGAUAAAAUAUACAGAGAAGUUCUCGUCUCGCCAAACCCGAUCCACCUGGUCCGGGGGUUGUUUGCCGAGCCAUGGAAAGUUGUCGCGGCCUUCCCACCCACUCGAGGGCUUGCGCUGCUCUACGUCAACCGCCAGCUAUACGACGAGGGGCGCAUCGUGCUUUACCGGUCCAACACGUUCACUCUGGUCGGCCCAAACGCAGUGCUGCUCGGCGAUCUGCAAGAGUUCCUCGCCUGCAUCGGAUCCGUCAACUCGAACCUCCUCAAGCACAUCUGCAUGCCAUUUCCGCGGGUUACAACUGCGGAUGGAGGAGCCAAGCUUAACGACAAUGACGUGCGCUGCCUCGAGCUGCUUGGGUCGAGCUGUGGCGGCCUCAAGACUCUGGAGCUGACCAUAUACAGCCAGGAAGUCCAUGGCCCGAGUUUCGCGAGCCAUGACUCUACCAAUGCAGUCCUUAUACGAAGCGCCUUGGCACAGCUCGUCGAGCACCUCAAGGUCAUCCCGUCUCUGCACUCGGUUCACAUCUCUUCGCUCCGCCGGAUCGCGCCCCCAAUUGUCGAGGUGAUGAAGGGUUAUGGCUGGGAAGUUUCCGUGUCUGAAAUGGGCGUGACCUCCAAUCAGGCCCUUUAA